AUGGACAGGAUAAGCGUCGAACACAGUUACUGCAGAACUGCUCCAUCAGUCUGCAAACGACCACUUAAGAGACCGUGGAGGACAAUGAACCCUACGGAUUCGUCUCGUCUAACUCAGUAUAAAAACAAAGGGAAGGAUACAAUAUUGAGGAACAGUAGAGUAGAUGAGGCAGUCACUAUACGCAAGGACAAAAGAGAGGAUUUACUUUCCAAACGACGUAAUAUCAAUGCUCAAGAUGAAAAUGUAGUACGGUCUUCUGCCCAAAUGGGACCAUACGAUAGUAAUCUCUUACAUCAAAUAGUAGCGAUGGCACGUAGUAAUGACCCGAAUAUCAAACUUGGUGCCGUUCAGCAAGCUCGCAAAAUGUUGUCUUCGGAUCGAAACCCACCUAUUGAUGAUCUUAUCUCUAGCGAUAUAUUACCCAUUCUGGUAAACUGUCUUGUCUCCGACGAUGUCAAUCUGCAAUUCGAAGCUGCUUGGGCUCUUACGAACAUCGCUUCAGGAACGUCAGAACAGACUCAAGCUGUGGUAAACGCUGGCGCUGUGCCCCUUUUCCUGCAACUUUUGUCCAGUGGCAACAUGAACGUCUGUGAACAGGCGGUAUGGGCGUUGGGUAAUAUUAUUGGUGACGGACCACAUUUCCGAGAUUACUGUUUGCAACUUGGCAUUCUUCCUUUACUUUUAAACUUCAUCACUCCCGAAAUCCCCUUGGGAUUCUUGCGGAAUGUUACUUGGGUUAUUGUGAAUUUAUGCCGUUCUAAAGAUCCGCCACCUACUCCAGAAAUCGUAAAAACUAUAUUACCGGCUCUUGUGUUGCUGAUACAUCAUGAAGAUGCCAACAUUCUUGUGGAUACCGUUUGGGCCCUGUCCUACCUCACGGAUGGAGGGAACGAACAAAUCCAGAUGGUUAUCGAUAGCGGGAUAGUUCCUUCCUUGGUUCCCAUGCUCGGUCACGCUGACGCUAAAGUACAAACUGCGGCUCUUCGAGCCGUUGGCAAUAUUGUCACCGGGUCUGACGAACAGACUCAACUUGUGCUUGAUUGUGGCGUACUACAAGAGAUGCCGCAACUUCUUUCCCAUUCUAAAGAGAAGAUAAAUAAGGCAACAGUGUGGUUCCUGUCGAACAUCACUGCUGGAAACCAGAAUCAGGUGCAAGCAGUUCUCGAUGCUGGCUUAAUGCCGUUAAUCAUCAAUUUGUUGGGCAAAGCAGAUUUCCCAACCCAAAAGGAAGCUGCAUGGGCUGUGUCCAACGUAACCAUCUCCGGUCGUCCGGAUCAAGUGGAACAGAUGGUCAACUGUGGUGUAAUCCGUCCCUUUUGUGCCCUGCUUGACUGCAAGGAACCACAGAUUAUUCAAGUUGUUCUCGAUGGCAUUAACAACAUUCUCAAAAUGGCCGGUGCAGGAGUGGAGGCAAUCUGCACGCAGAUUGAAGAGUGUGGAGGUCUGGACAAAAUUGAACAAUCAUUGACACUUAUUUCAAUUCGAAUAGUGAUGACGAAAUUACGGCUGGACAAGAGGGAGGUGUUGUGCAGCAACCUGCGGAGGGAUGGUCGUUUAAUUAACGAAAAGAUGGCCCCACUGACCCUGGAUGUUGUGAGGAGGCACUGUGAGGAAGCGAUUCAACUUUUCGUCGAGCUGAAUAGAAAUAGAAAUUCUUGA